GAGCGUCGUCGCGUCCGGGUGACGUCUCCCGCGGGCGUCGGGCUGGGUCGGCCGUGUCGGCAGCAGUGUCGGCGCCUGCGGGUGGGAAAUGGCGGAGUACUUGGCCUCCAUCUUCGGCACCGAGAAAGACAAAGUCAACUGUUCAUUUUAUUUCAAAAUUGGGGCAUGUCGUCAUGGAGACAGAUGCUCUCGGUUGCACAAUAAACCAACCUUUAGCCAGACCAUCUUGAUUCAAAACAUCUAUCGUAAUCCCCAAAACAGUGCACAGACGGCUGACGGCUCACACUGUGCCGUGAGUGACGUUGAGAUGCAGGAGCACUAUGAUGAGUUCUUUGAGGAGGUUUUUACAGAAAUGGAGGAGAAGUACGGGGAGGUGGAGGAGAUGAACGUCUGCGAUAACCUCGGGGACCACCUCGUUGGAAACGUGUAUGUGAAGUUUCGCCGUGAAGAAGAUGCAGAGAAAGCUGUGAUUGACUUGAACAACCGCUGGUUCAAUGGGCAACCCAUCCACGCCGAGCUCUCCCCGGUGACCGACUUCCGGGAAGCCUGCUGCCGCCAGUAUGAAAUGGGAGAGUGUACACGAGGCGGCUUCUGCAACUUCAUGCAUCUGAAGCCCAUUUCCAGAGAGCUGCGGCGGGAGCUGUACGGACGCCGGCGCAAGAAGCAUCGAUCGAGAUCGAGGUCCCGGGAGCGUCGUUCUCGGUCUAGAGACCGUGGUCGUGGCGGAGGCGGUGGAGGCGGCGGGGGACGGGAGCGUGACAGGAGGCGGUCAAGAGAUCGGGAGCGAUCCGGGCGAUUCUGAGCCAGGCCAUUUUUACCGUAUGUCUGCUAGGAAGUGCUGUAGUUGAUUGACCAGCCCAGUUCAUAACGGGAAUUUUUUUUAAAAAAAAACAAUUAAAAAAAACAAAGAUGGGUUUCUGAAUAAAAUUUGUAGUGAUACAGUA